ACGCACUCUACCCUGCCUCAGUAUGACUGAGAAAAGCUCCCUGAAGGGUCCAAAUAUAAUUCAGGAGGAACUUUGGAAUGACCCUCGGUGGGUCUGUGCUAGACCGAGGGGCAACACCCACAUCCCAAGAUUGCAUUUUUAGGCUGGCGCUGACUGUGGGAAGGGAACUGCCUGAUGCCCAUCUUCACCAACUUUCAACCUUCGUUGUGAAAUGACUUCAGGAGAAACGUCACAUCCCCCCCCCCAGGGGGUGACGCAAACAUUUGAGGUGUGCGUGACCCUGCGUGCCAGGAGAUGGAGUGAUGAGUGACACUAGAGCUGGGAUUUCAGCAGUUUCUCACUCUUCCAGCAAUCCCUCACCUUGCAGAAGGGUCAGGAGCAUUGUGAAGGAAAUUGAAGACGCCCUUAACCAGAUCCCUCAGAGUGCUGCAGGCAAAGGCCUCUGUACACACAAGUGGCCCCCAACCAGGAACUUGGGCAAGGUCCAAUCAGCUGGGGCCUCCAGGGGAGGCCUACAUACGGCUGCGACAGUGGAGCAGUCUUUCCGAGUCUCUCUAAGUAAAACGGGCCCAAAUGAUACGUGGCUACACGCACACAGGGGUCCAGGGCGGGGGGUGUCUGCACCUCAAAAUGGGCCCAGCGUAAAGAAACCGUUGCAGAAAAUGCACUCGGUAGGUACCGCACCCAACUGCGGAGAUCGAUUCAGCUCCCGACACCACAAUGUCAACAUUAAACAGAAGAUCUCACAAUGGGAGGGGAAAUCGAACAUCAGCAAGGACAAAAACACGCCCCCUGAACAUGGAUGCCAGUUCGAUGCAAAGGCUGAAGGCCCAGUAGGUGACCACAAGCGAGGCCUCGUGAAGGCGAAAAGCCUGGGCCUGGAUUUCAGGGAAGGACAGAGUGCGGACAACCAAACGAUCCAGUGUACUGACGAGAAAAAUGGGGGGGAGCCAAACUCGAGAGGCGUGGGUUCUGUGAUCCCCCAGGUAGAAAAGAUGGAGAGUUUGGUGCGGAACGCUUCAGAUACCAGCAAGCUACUACCUCCAGGGAAUUUUUAUACAUCCCAGAACUUCUGGAAGAAGAAGAUGGAACACGUUUUACAAGAUAAGAGUGCGUUAAGUGCUGCCGAGCUGAAAAGAAAACGGGAAAGUACCAGCUCGACCGAAAAGGAAUUAGAUUUGAGGACCUUUGACAGCAGAGAGAGACCCGUUAGGAGCCCAGAUAAUGUGUACACUGAUGAAGAAACUGAUGAAUCACGUCAAAUUAAUCCAGUCCCUAAACCCCGCCGAACCUUUAAAUAUGCUGUAGAUAAAAGUUCCCGGGGCUCGUCCCCUCCGGUAAAACCAAUGGCAUCGAAAGGAAAUGUUCGCUCCCCACCCCCUCUGCCAACUCACCCACCUCCUCCAGCCAAGAUCAUGGGCAUGAAAACACAACCAAUGAAGACCAAAAGGAAAUCCUUUGAGUUUGAGGAUGCACAGGGACUUCAGAUUCUCCUGACGCCAGCGAUGAGUGGAAGGAAUUCUAAUGAGGAUGGCAACAAGGUGAAAGUGACACUUGCCCACGCUGUGUCUGAAGAGAAUCUUUAUGAGGAUAUCAUAAGCCUUUCCAAGGAAAAUCCAUACGAAGACAUCAAGUUCACCCCGUCGCUUCUGUCAAGAGGGAAGAGAGUCUGGGGUUCGCCAACCAUACGGCCCAGGAAACCUCCCAAGCUUCCACCCAAACCCCCCAGCCUCCUGGGACAAGCUCAGGAAAGUAAAACGUGGUCGGCUUCAGAUCCAAGGAAAAUCAGCAAGGACAACACUCCACCACUGCUUCGGUGUAACAUCCCACCACUUGCUGGCACCCACGAGGACCCCAUUGCUGGCGAUGCCUUUGUGAAGAAGAGAAAAAGGAUCCCAGCGUUGGCUCUGAAGAUACAGGCAGUUUACGAUAUGAAGAGAGGAAAGAAGAAAGUAAAGGCUCUGACCUCUUCAGGAUCCGACACCACGCCCAUGAAAGAUGACAACAGUGAGACAGAGAGCGAUACAGAGGAACAGCAGAAAGCUCACAAUCAGCGUUUGGUAUAUGUGCACUCCACAUUGAAAAGGAACACCCGCUAUCAAACCCUUGAGCGGGAUUUAAUCGAAUUACAGGAGCAGAAGCUUUUUGAAUACUUUGUGGUGGUUUCACUUCGCAAGAAAGCUUCUGUAAACACCUAUGAACCUCAGGUGACUCAGCAGUUUCCCAGUAAGCUGGAGAAGUCGACAAGGCAAGCACGGGAUGCUGAAGAAAGGCUAAAAGCUAUUCCCCAGUUUUGCUUUCCUGACAUCAGUGAAUGGGUACCAGUUUCUCAAUUAAGCAGUGAAACCUUCUCCUUUGUUUUGACUGGUGAGGAUGGGAGCAGGAGGUUCGGAUACUGUCGGAAACUCUUGCCAAAUGGGAAAGGAAAAAGAUUGCCAGAGGUUUACUGUAUCAUCAGUCGGCUCGGUUGCUUCAACCUCUUCUCGAAGAUUCUGGACGAAGUGGAGAAACGAAGGGGGAUCUCCCCGGCUCUCGUCUACCCGUUCAUGCGCAGCGUGAUGGAGGCUCCAUUCCCAGCGCCAGGCCGACUUAUCACCGUCAAGAACUUCCUGCCAGGGUCCGGGAAUGAGGUGAUUCAACUGUGCAGACCGACGGAUUCGAGACUGGAACAUGUUGACUUUGAAUGUCUCUUUGGUUGUUUGAACGUUCGGCAUGUGAUCCACGUGUUUGCCUCGCUGCUGCUGGAGCGGAGAGUGAUUUUCAUUGCAGACAAGCUCAGCACACUCUCUAAAUGUGGGCAUGCUGUCAUUGCCAUGUUAUACCCGUUCACCUGGCAGCACACCUACAUCCCUGUGCUUCCAGCUGUCAUGAUCGAUAUCGUUUGUUCUCCCACUCCUUUCCUUAUCGGAAUUCUAUCAAGUUCGGUGCCUCAGUUGAAUGAUCUGCCCAUCGAGGAGGUGUUGGUGGUUGAUCUGUGCGCUGACAGGUUCCUGCGACAAAUGAACGACGAAGAUUCCAUUCUUCCACACAAGCUACAAGCUGCGCUGGAGCAGAUCCUCGAGCAGCGAUCUGAAAUGCUAACUGUACGAGAGGAUGUGGAUGGUGCGGACGGCCUGAGCUCCCUCAGCACCCUGGUUUCGGAAGCGUGUGUUCGGUUCUUUGUGGAGAUCGCUGGGCACUAUUCCCUGCACAUGGUGGUCAACGAGAAGGGCGAGCGAUCCUUUCAGAGAGAGGCCUUUCGCAAGUCCCACACCUCCAAGAACGUGCGGCAGUUCCUGGAGCUUUUCAUGGAGACCCAGAUGUUUGCUGGCUUCGUGCAGGACAGGGAGCUAAGGAAAAGUGGGGUCAGAGGUCUCUUUGAGGUGCGAGCUGCAGAAUAUCUGGAGACUAUACCUGAAACUGGACCAAGUGGUGUCAACAGGUUUCUGAAAGGCCUGGGGAACAAAAUGAAAUUUCUCUCCAAAAAGUGAAAAGUCCAGUGAUGCAACCAUUCGGCCACCCUGGAUCCCACAACCAAACCUCAUCUAACCGUGCCCUGCAAGGGACUUCCGAUGACAUGCCCACUUCAGCACCCACUUUAGCUGGUCACUGUGGGCAGCUGGAGAGACCGUGGGAUUGUGUCAUUUGCAUGGAGCUGGAAGUUUGAUGCCGCACGCACACUUUGCUGCACUGAGACUGCAAUGGGGCGGUCGUGGUCCAGAAACCAGCCCCCGACUGGACGAUGCGCUCUGACCCGACGCUGAAGGUUUCUAACACUCACUCUCUCCAAGGGUGAGCCCAGCUGUGCUGAAGCAAAAUGAAUUGGGAGAUCAUGAUCAGAGCAAUCCCAAUAAGAGAGGCUGUCGGAACAAAACAAUUCUUCCCUCGCAGCACCCAGACCUUUCCAAAAAGCUUUCCCUGUUGUUGCUCAAGUCGUUGUCGCUCCCUGGUCUUUGCAAAGAUAAACAUGCCACACCUUCUCCAAAUGUGCCUUUCACAGAUCAAUCCUGCACUUUCGCCAUGAAAUAAUUGAUAUGGUAGUGACUGGAUGCCUGGUUCGUUAGCUAUAUCAGACCAGGCCCUACAGAAAGAGGACAUUGACAUGGCCCCCUUGUACACAGAGUGAUGGGAUGGUACAAUCCUUGCCCACCAACCCUGACCAGUUGUCUUAUACCACAGCUUUAGCCUUCCCUUUUCCCCAUCAGCUGGCAGUUGGAUUAGUGGCAAUGCCAUUUGAGUUUGUGUCUGCGGGAGUCGAUCCGAGUAUCUGCCAGAGAUGGGCUUAGCUUUCAGCCUAGAAUGUGAGCAGGAUGGGGAAUCUUUCAAAUCACCGCUCUGUUACAGUCCCUUUAACACCUUCGACCAUAGCAUCAAAUUUUAAAUUUGUUUUUGGUCAAUACAUAAAAUGUGUGUUGUAUGAAAGUCACAGCUUCUCGGUGGAAAGCUGCAGGAAGUAUUACUCAGUGGCUGUAACUGAGGUCUCACUGGGAAAUUCCCAUCACCAUAGCCCCAUUCAUUCCAAACUCUCUCGCCAUUACUAAAAGUGGGAAAUAUUAACCCUGUACCUGAAGGCCAUCACGAUACAUUGAACUACUCCUUAUCAAAAGUGGACCACAUAACCCUGCACCUCAACAUUUUAUUAGCAAAAUUGUUCCCAGGGCAGCCCUGAAGUUACUGAUUUUAAUGUUGGCUCUGUCCCUGAAUGCCCUUCACUGACCCACACUCACUGGUCACCCUGUUAUCAGCCUGGCUCCUGUGCAGCUGUAGCAAACCCGACCAGACUCGCCUCAACUUGAAUGUUCCAGUCACAAUGUUCUCUCACUUUCUUUCUCCCCGACUAGAUAGUGACGUCACACUGCCCCAGGGAGACUGAGGCCAACUGGGUAAACCCAUUCCCACAUCAGCAAGAUCAGUUAAGGGUACACAGACUGGGAGUUGAUCCCUAUUACUCGGGAGCACAGGGGCACUGCCCAGAAAUUACAAAACCACACAGUUUUGGACUGUAAGAGACAUGUUUGUAUGACACUGCACCUCAAUGGGGAUUAUGUUAUGUCAGGUGUGAGGUGUCUGUAAAUACUGUGCUAAUGUUUUAAUCCAGUCUGCAAUGUUUCAUGUGCCCUUCACAUCUGGUAUUUGAAUCCCAGCCUUUGAAUGCUUAGUGAAAUUAACUUGCAGCUGACUGUGGAGUGUUGUCUUUUUUUUUGUUUACAGUUUUUAUAAACUAGCCUGGUAAACUUUAAUGUCUGCAUUCCUAAGUGGAGGAAAGUUUACUGAAUUAGAUUGAGACAGUGCUUGCUGUAUCUCACUAACAUAGACCGCAGAUUUCACUGACAUCGAAACCAGUUUAAUCACUCGCUGAGUGACAUUAGCUGAUAUCUCACUGCAUCAGCAAAGCAACCUGGGCUUCUUGUGCUAUAACCUACACAAGACAAACAGCCCUGGGGUGGCAGACCUCACACAGGAAGUGCAAUUCUACAGUCACUCCAGGCUACAAUCUUACCUGAAACAAAAACAGAAAUUGCUGGAAAAGCUCGGCAGAUCUGGCAGCAUCUGCGGAGAGAAAUCAGUGUUAAU